AUGGAAGAGACAGUCGGUCAACCUGGAGACGCCGUCAUUGCCGGGGACCAGGAGAGACCCAUCCAAAUCGGAAGCGAUGCAGCUGCUGCAGAAAUUGGUAUGCUUGAGAAAAUUUCACAAGACUAUUCCUAUUUACUGCUAUUUAGGACUUUCCUUCUGUGCUAAUGGUAACUUCUCAAUUCAAAGCGAAUACUGAUCGAAAAAUGUAGACGCUGUAUGUUUGCAACAAAAAGUUUUCUUCACUUCCCAAAACUAUCAAUUGAUACUUGUUGCGAAAAACUUUUUAACACACUGUUCAAACCUAUUCUUGGUUUGCAACCACGUGCAAGGCGGCCAUGUUGGGGGUCAAAACAAAAGAAUAUUUCCUCGACGAAUUUACAUGAAAAUAGAGUUUAGUUCCCAGAGGAGAGAAAUGCUUUUGUUCUUGACCACCAACAUGGCCGCUGUGACGUCACGUGCAAACCAGCAAUAUAUAUUGUAUACCUCAGAGGUAUGGGGUGCAUAUGACAAACUGAAUCUUGAUAAAUGGGAACAGGACCCUAGCCUGCAGAAAGAAUUCACUGCCAGUUUUUAUAAAUACUUUCUUGGAUUGAACAAAAGGGCUUCCAAUGUUGUCGCUGGAAACGAAGUUGGGCAAACAUCUUUAAAACCCACAACAGGCCAUUUGCACUAAGAGGUCAUGUGAUAUCAUUUUUAUGAAAAUGAAAGUUAUAUGAUUUUUCUUUCAAAAAACCAGUAGUGGGUCAUAUCUUAAACAAAAAAUAGUGAUUUAUUUAGUUUUUCAAACCUGCACCAUUUUCUUAAAAUGUGUAAGUUUCUAGCUGGUCAUGUGAACAAAAUGUGAUUUUUAAAACUAUGAAUUACCCCUUUCUGAACAGAAAUUUUGUACUUGAACUUCAAGGAAAUUGUUGAAAAGAUGAUGUGGUAAUGUUUUCAGCACAUCUGGCUUAUUUAUUUGAAUAUCCUCAUAUUCUGGCAACAUUAGAAGAACUACCUGAAAAUAGCAUGCGCAGCACUAGUGCCUCAUCACAUCAAAAGAAUUAGCAAAAUAUUAAUACAGGAAAUCAUUUCUUUAUCUCUUCCGCAUACCAAAUAUGCUCACAGUUUUGCAAAAAAGGACCAAACACAACAGGACUUGGUGAUAUUCAACAAAUAAAUAAAUUAGAAAUAUCUAAAUUAACACAAAAUAUUCUUAUAAGAUUAAGCUAAAACACAUCAAUCCUCUCUCAUUCAACUAAAUAAGAAACUAAAAGUUUACUCUCUUUUCAAACAAGACAACAAUAAAUCUCUUUCCUUGGACCUUAUAAAAAACACAAAUCACCAAUGCACAGGCAGCACAGUAGCAAAAUUUAGAAUGGGGUUCAUAAGUUAGUGAUAGAAUACUGGAGAUACUGCACGCCCAAAAUCCCUGAACAUCUCAGCUUAAUGUGUCAAUACUGUUCUAUAAAUGAAAUCGAAGACGAGCAACACUUCAUGCUAAACUGCACUCUUUACCUUAAUGAAAGACAAUAUCUCCCUGAUUCUACAAGUUGCGAAUAUCCUAAUUUUCACUCAUUGAAUGGAAACGAUAUGAUACUUUUUCUCUUCAAUAAUGUAGAUCCCUUUGUCUGCUAGAAACUUGGCCAUUUUAUUUUUCUGGCCUUCGAAAAAUGUGAAAGUAGAACAUUAAACAUAGCUGCAAUAUAGUUAGCAUUUUCCAUGUAAUUAUGGCCAUUAUUAUUAUUAUUUACAAUAUAUUAUUACUAUUAUUUCCUUUUUUUUUCUUUACCUUAACGUAAUCAAUAUUGUAAUCGGCAAUGCCAUCUACUGAUGAACAUGCCAAUAAAUGUUGUUGUUGUAAAAUGUAUUAUGUCAAAGUUGUUUCUGCAUUAAAAUCCUUGGGUUCAUAAGUGGUCUAAUCUUGAAGUAAUAUUACAUAAGCUCACCCUAAGCUCGUUGGGCAUUUGCCAUCCCUGGGGCCACCCCAGAGCUAUUUUGGCUCGUAUUUGCUUGCCUAUCCAAACAUAAAUAUAACAUGGAGGAUUUUUAGGCAAACGCAAGCAGGCUCAACGAUUGGCUCACCUGUCAAGGACAGGAAAAACUUGUUUUCUUGAUGUCAAUGUCUGCAUUUCAUCAUUGCUUAUCAAGCUGGAAGUCUGGAGCUAUUGAUGUGAAUCAACACAUUUUUUGGUUAUGGAAUGAAAUUUCUGUUGAUCUAGGAUUUGAAUGAGUUUAGUGGUGAUGAUAUUAUUUUCUAAUACUACUACGAUCUAUCAUUGAGGAACUUCCUUUACUCGCUCUGCUAUCCCUGAGGAAAAAUGGAGACCACUGAUCGUAGUCUAGCUCUAUUACAAAGGCAGAUGGUAACCAAAAUGAAAAAUUGGCAAUAGGCCAGUUGCACUAAGAGGUCAGGUGAUCAUUACUUUCUUUAAACAAUGAGUUGGAAUCUUGCUGAUGCCAAAAAUUGACAGAGCACAUAAAAAUUAUCUUAUGCCCUAAAUUUAAGAGGAAACACAUUUAAGGCAGAUAUUUUUAUAAGGCACUUUGAUUUUUCAACAAAGUAUGAUUUUUAUCGGCCACAUGUUGGAGGGCAUACUCUUGCCCUCCAACAUGGUGGCAAAAACUACUUUUUUGCUUAUAUCUUAUUAAAUGUUUGAUAGUUACGCUCAGAUGUGCUGUAAACGUUACCACAUCGUCCUUUCAACAUCUUUCUUGAAGUUUAAGUGCAAAAUUUGCGUUCAGAAAGAGGUAAUUCAUAAAUUAUUUUAAUAAUCACAUUUUGGUCAUGUAACCAGCUAUGAACUUACUCGUUUUAAGAAAAUGGUGUGGGUUUGAAAAACCAAAUCACCAUUAUAUUGUUUACGAUAUGGCCCACUAAUCAUUUUUCAAGGACAAAAUCAUAUAACUUUCAUUUUCCUGAAAAAUGAUAUCACAUGAAGUCUUAGUGAAAAAUAAUGGCCUAUUAAAAUGCACUUUUGACUGUGCGAUCAAUGAAAAGUGUGGCGGUGUUGAUUGAUGAUGGGGCAUUUGCCCUCUUUUUUGUCCACGCCACGGGGCAUUUGGCAGCUCAAGUGUCCUUGUCCCCAGGAAUUUGCCAUCCAAGUCAGAAAAAUUGCUAAUUCUAAGGUCUGGGGGGGGGGGGGGAGGAUGCACCUGGAAUUGACUGACGCAUAAUUCUUUCUGAGUAUGUAUCUAGGCACAGUUAGUGCUAACUAUAGAAUAGGAGGCGUGCACUUAAAAGCCUUUAGCUUUAUCUCUGAUCCAUUAGUCACUUCUUUUGUUGCCGAACUCCUGAAUGUGUAGAAAAGACAAAAGUAACAAAGUGUACUUUGGCCAACGUUGAACGUUUGCAAGCAGAUAUACUGAGUAUGCCAAUUUUCAAAAAAAAGAUUCUAAGUGAACAUGUAAAUAAGGCACAAAAGAAAAUGCAAAAGUAAGGUUUUCAUGAGGCACUACCCAAAUGACAAUAUGGUACCGUAUUUUCGCGAUUUAACGCCGGGCCCCGGCUGUCAAGAAAAAGGCAUAAAAACUUUUCUAUAGUAACAGUAAGCUCGAAUAAUCUGCAAAUUCAAACAAACGCCGGUCCACAAGGUCAAGUUUGAUUUAAACGCCGGGGGCGUUAAAUUGAGAAAAUACGGUACUUUCCGCAGAGGCCUGUUAAUUUACAACACGAAACCAGUAAUGCAAUAUAAGGCCCUUUUUACAUUAAGUAGUGUUUUUAGUGCGUAGGGUUAUAAUAGAACGUUUCUGAGUCUUGAAGUUGAGUGUUUUUGCUCAUGCUGAAAUGCAAGGACAGUUACCCCACUAUGUUUUUGAAAAUCUGUAUUUUAAAAGAGCUUUGUAUGGUUGGAGGCCAGGACAGGUAUCCCGUUAUCAAAUCUUGUUUGAGUGAUUUUUAAAAGCUAACCAUAGACUUGCUCAAAAAUUGCAAUGGUCAAUAUGAAUUAAGCGUGAAGGCUGUUUUAUGUGGUUGUGCUCAACAUCAUCUUCAUCAGGCAUUAGCACUGCUGGCUGGUUGCCUCAUGUAAGGGAAUCUAAGACAGUCUUGGACUGGAUUCCAGGUACUGGAUUUUAGAUUCUUUGUCAGUGGAACUUGGAUCCAUAUUCCAAUUAUUAGGAGGGUUCUGGAUUCUGUGAGCUGUAUUCCACAUUUCAAAGCCCAGGAUUAAGGAUUUCACAGCAAAUGUUUGGUGAAUACCAGAUUCCACAAGCAAAAAUUUCUCAGAUUCCAGAAUCUGGAUGGGGCAAAACUGGGCAUGUGAUAUGCACCGAUCAAUUCAACAUUUCAACAUGUAUUCAUCCCAUUGGCAACCAUCGCGCAUUUGUCGCAAAUUUGAACUUUUUGUAGGACAGGCUUGUUCAAAUUCUCCCUUAAAUUAGGCCAAUAUAGCUGGUCAAAUGCACUUCAAUAAAGGCAACUUGACUUCUUUGAAAAACCUGGUAUUAUGGCAACGACCGUGACUGAAAAAAUCCACAACAACUGAACCACAAAAAUUACCCACUCUCUUUUCAUACAUUUCACUUCCAAAAUGUUUCAUAGCGUCUGAAGUCUUUGUUGAACAAGCCAUUCACAUUCAAAAGCUUUGUCUCUCUCCAUCUCACUAUGAGACAGCCUGCAUAGCUGGCAGGAUUAGCAGGCAAGUGCGGCGGUUUCUUGGCAGUGGCAGGAAGCACGUCAAUUCCCUCGCGGCUUCACCUCUUGCUUCAAGUGGCAGCUCGCCAAGAAAGUACCCUGGGCAGAAAAUCCCGUCAGCUUUGCAAGCUAACUAUGUGAAAGAUUUCUUCUAUCGAAUCACGAUCUCAUCCAGACACCAGAUACAAAGAAGUUAUAUUAUCUUGUCACUUUCAGUUCAAAUUCCCCACCCUUUGGAAUGUCUUUUGCGUCAAAUUCCUCACUUCUCUAGCCUGGGUAGCAUGGCGUUUUGGUUGCUAAGUAAUAAAGGCGGGCGAAGGCUGAAAAACCGCGAGGAGAUUGGGGCGGGAGCAACUUGACUUAUUUUUCUCGCGGCUUCGCCGCUAGUGCGCCCGGCUCUACAAAACCGCCAUGCUACGCAGGCUAUUACUUCUCGCGCACGAGUGAUGAUCAAAUGCCCAGGGGAGGGGAUGUUAAAGCUUUGAAUUUAGCAGCGCAUAAUGUCUGGCAAUGAAAUAAGUGUCUCUUACAUAUGGAAGGGGGUACCUAAGGGGCCAUUUUUUUAGGAAGGUAAAAAAUUAUUAUUAUUUUUAAAAAUAAUUUCCACCAGUGGAGGGCAGAGUAAUUAUUCUUCUUCUUUUUUUCAAGAAGAAUGUGACAAACAAUUAGAGGAGCAGAUUGAGGGACACCCAUUUUCUGAACCUUGGGAGGAUAGUGACUUGGUACUCACAGUGGAGGAUGAUACAUUUUAUGUCCAUCGACAGAUCCUGAGUUUACACUCACCGGUGUUUAAAGCGAUGCUGAAUUCUCAAUUUAAAGAAGCCACAGCAACAGUAAUCCCAUUGCCAGGAAAGAAAGAAAAUGAGGUUUUAGAUUUCUUGAAGGCGCUUUACCUGAAAGGAACAGCUGAAAUAACUUGUAAGUAAGAUAUCAGUAAAGCAGGGGUCAGACUUUGCGCCCGAAUACGGUAAUUGCUGGGCACCAAUGUAAGCACGCCCUUUCUCAAGUACCCACGCUCUGCGAAUGCGUGCACCGUGCUAGUGCCCGAUUUCAAAAUAACGUUUGACAUGGCAAAAGCGGGUAACUACGCACAUAAUUACAGGCUGGUACUUAAGGUGUGAACACAACACCAUUUUGUGAGGGUAUCCAGGCAGUACUCCUCGGGCACCAAGUGUGGACGGCACCUUAGUUGCCUUAAUACAGUCGGAUCUUUGCACAAUGGCCAUCUUUUGAUUCACUAUUUAUAAAGAAGGGAAAAUCUCCAGAAUAGUCCGUUUUCACGAUGACGACAUUUGACUACAACUACCAGAAUUCAUUUCUUUUUUUGCUUUCUUAAUAUUUAAAACUGUGAAAGGUUUGAACCCAGGAGUCUUAUUUAAAUUUGUCGAUCCCGCUGGGGAUUAACAAAAAAUCUGAAGCAUUCUUGUAAUUGUCGUAAAAUGACGUCAUCGUAUCGUGCAAUUGGCCUAUUAAAUAGACAAUCAUAUAGGAGGAGAUGCCGUUAUAAGCGCUGGUAGACAGCAGAAUGGCCCCCGCCAGUCUCUGAUCAUUACCCUUCCCGAAAAAGGUAAUCUUGUACAGUGCAUGAACUGUCGCAAAAUCAGUCUAAAAUGCCAUCCAAUCAUGCUGAAGGUGCUGUUAAACGGGCUGAAGCCCCAGCCAAAACACAAUUAUCUCGCAACAACAUGCAGGCUUCAGAGCAGGACGUCGAGCAACAGGACGGAACUUCAAACUCAGGAUAUUGAACGAGAGGUACCUCCAACAUAAUAAAGACCUCGAUUACGUCUUUGUUGAUUUAAAAAUGGCGUUUGACAGAGUAUGGCAGAAAGCUCUUUGGUCUUCUAAGAGGCUUUAUAAACAUUAGCGCAAACCUGAUCCGAGUCAUAAAGAACCUCUACAACAAGGCCACCACACAGUGCAGUCUGACCUAAUGACGACAUAGGAGACUGGUUCAGAACCACAUUCGAAAUCAGACAAGGCUGUCUGCUGUCAUCGACUCUUCUCAACGUAUUUUUUGAGAGAAUUAUGACUGAGAACGGGAAGAUCACAACGGAACAGUCAGCAUUCGAGGCGAAAAGUUCAGCAAUUUAUACGUUUUGCCGAUGACAUUCUGAGCUUGGCAGGAAAAUAGGAGGAACUAGCCUCUCUAGAGGAUCACCUGAAUAAGAUCCUGCAGACUUUGGCAUGGUAAUUAGCGUAGAGUAGAUCAGGCAAACUCAUGACCAACAAUUCAACACAGAUGCAUCACAACUGAAAUCAGGGUAGAACAUUGGACGAGGUUGAAAGUUUAAAGUAUCUGGGCGGAGUCGUCACAGAUCAAGGUUUCAAGCCUGAAGUACAGUGUAAAAAAGCACAGACAAGAGCAACACGAGCGAUACUGAAGAUCAUCCGGAACGACAAGAGUAUGUCCUUUAGCUCAAAGAUUAGAGUCAUGCACUCCUUGGUUGUCUCGAUUGUCUCGAUGCUCUUGUACGCCUACGAAACCUAGACAUUGACAGCGGACAUGCUUCCAGAAGAAAUUGCAGCCCACUGAGAUAAGGUGCUUUAGGACUGCUUGGCAUCUCACACAAAGACCACAAAGCCAACGAGGCAUGCAGGGACAGAAUCAAGCAGGCUCUGUGGCACUAUGACGACAUCUGAACCACGGUAAAGAAACGCCAGUUAAAGUGGUUUGGGCAUGUAUUUAAAUCAGCAGUGCUUGCCAAGACAGUUUUACACGGAACAGUGCAAGAAGGGAGAAGAAGAGGAAGAUAAAAGAAGAAUUGGGAGAGUAAUAUCUCUGAUUGGAUGGAGUUAAGAGUUGCGACGCCCGAACAGAAUGUGAUAACAAGAUCAGAUGGAGGGAAAGGUUUGCUAGGUCCGUGAAGUCCUAAAAGGGUUAUCGCGGGUGCAUCUCUCUCCGCAGGGUGACCAUUUUCAAUAGAUUUUAUGGACAACAAUUUCAUAGACACAUCAUCUGGUGCGACUGAGAAAAAUUGAAUGACUUUUAAGUGCUUCAAUGCUGUCCGUAUUUUAGAUCUCCCUCUACGCGCAUCUAUUAGUGAUAAUCUGGCAAAACUGCAUUGACAAUCCCUAUUGUGCAGGAGAGCCGAACCCUGCUCUGCGCCAUUUUUAAUUUGUUUAUUAAUCAGUUAAUCAUGCCUCUCAAUAUAGUUUAAACGCCUUCGGCUCGGCUGAUAACACUUACCUUGAACUUGAUUAUUUCGGUUAUCACUAAAACCUCAUCCAUCUGAUUACUAAAAACUGAUUUAAUUUCCCCAGUAAUUUUCUAAUGUAGUCGAAGGUUCUACCUGGAGCAGCACUUGACUGCCCUAAGUGACUAUUUCUAACUUAUUUAGUUCUCUCGACAAGUGAUCAGAAUCAUUAUUCAGGUAGUUUCUACCUGAAUAAUGCUCGCUUUAUUUUUCUGGGUAUCUUUGGUUUACAUUAAUCUGUCUAACAUGUCUCUUUUGUCAUCUUUAUCCAGUGAAAAAAGUGAGACACCUUCUGAAGUUAGCCGACGAGUACCAAACACAGGGCGUGCUUGACCUUUGCGUAAAGUGCCUCAGGGAUGUACCAAAAUAUGAAGACAAUGUGGUUACGAUUCUGUUCCUGGCAACGGACACAGUGAUGGCAAGAAACGACUCCAGGCUUGAUGGUGUUCGCAGAGAAUGUGAAACCCUUGUUGAGGAUAUGGAGCUUGCUGAUAUCACAGGAAAGAGCGAUUUUAAGAAUUUGAACAGAGAUAGCAUGGAAAGUGUUUUAGUUAGAAGAUCUCAGCGGUUAGAAACGUGUCUUAAGGGGGUUUAUCCUCAGUUGGUCGGGUUGGUGGAAUAUUGUCUAUUCAUGAAAUUAGAUAGGCAUGCUCCAGGCGAAGUAUCUCGUUGUCCCCAACAUUUUCCAGGGGGUGGGCAAAAUGUUAACAAGGCAAACAGAGAUCUCGUACAGCGAAUAAGGAAAUGCUCGGUUUGUAGAGGGAUGAUUCAGCAAUUGGUUUCUUCAUCUGUUAAAAAGCAAUCUACCGCGACGGGCUCAGGUUACGGCUUUCCAGUCCUUUCUUCACGCCUUGGAGCUGGCUUAAGAGUAACUGCCCCAAAGGAAUACCUCUAUGGGGGGAGCUACCACUUUGACGAGGAACUGAUC